AAGUAAAAACUAUACCUUUCUUUAAUUCUUUUUCUUCAACGCACGCAGUUCUUCUUUUUCUUCUUCCGUCAUCUACGGUAGUCGACCUUUUUCUUUUUCUUCAGCUAUUGAGCUAUUGUACUAUCAACUCUCAAUCAGGUUUCUUCCAGAGGAUCAUCAUUAUUGUCUCAUUGGAUGUGCUAGUUGAUAAAUGUGAUGUGAUAUCACUGGACAGGCUGACAGAUUUUCGAAUGCACAAUCCCCAGGGACAAGACUUGUAGAUCAAACAACCGAGCAAUUCGCUUCUUCUACCCUCUCUUUCGACUCAACCCUCGCUCAUUCCCGACCAACCAAACCCUUCAAUUUUCCUGUGAUGGACCCGAGGCUAACAGAGGGGGCGAUACUGAAGAUCACAACGGAGUUUGUUGACGACAACUAUAAGCCUAUCCUGCAAGUGAUCGACUUGAAGCAGAUCCACACACAGCGCGGCGGCGGCCAGGUCACUGAGCGGUACAGGGUGGUCAUCUCCGAUGGGUCCCACACUGCGCAGGGGAUACUGAGCACUCAGCAGAACUUCCUGGUUCAGCAAGGCCACCUUCAGAAGGGCUCCUUUGUCUGCCUAAAUCAAUUCAUCUGCACCACCAUCCAAGGCCGCAUGAUCAUCAUUAUUGUCUUAUUGGAUGUUCUAGUUAAUAAAUGUGAUAUCAUUGGACAGGCUGCCAGAUUUUCGAAUGCACUAUCCUCACGGACAAGACUUGUAGAUCAAACAACUGAGACAAUUAUAAGCGAACCCUACAGUCUUCCGGCGAUGGACGCGAGGCUAACGGAGGGGGCGAUACUGAAGAUCACGACGGAGUAUUUUGACGACAACUAUAAGCCUAUCCUACAAGUGAUCGACUUGAAGCAAAUCCACACACAUGGCGGCGGCCAGGUCACUGAACGGUACAGGGUGGCCGUAUCCGAUGGGUCCCACACCGAGCAGGGGAUGCUGGCCACUCAGCAGAACUUCCUGGUUCAGCAAGGCCACCUUCAGAAGGGCUCCGUUGUCCGCCUGAAGCAAUUCACCUGCCCCACCAUCCAAGGCCGCAAGAUCAUCCUUAUUGUCGUAUUGGAUGUUCUAGUUGAUAAAUGUGAUAUCAUUGGACAGGCUGCCAGAUUUUCGAAUGCACUAUCCCCACGGACAAGACUUGUAGAUCAAACAACUGAGACAAUUAUAAGCGAACCCUACAGUCUUCCGGCGAUGGACGCGAGGCUAACGGAGGGGGCGAUACUGAACAUCACGACGGAGUAUUUUGACGACAACUAUAAGCCUAUCCUGCAAGUGAUCGACUUGAAGCAAAUCCACACACAUGGCGGCGGCCAGGUCACUGAACGGUACAGGGUGGCCGUAUCCGAUGGGUACCACACCGAGCAGGGGAUGCUGGCCACUCAGCAGAACUUCCUGGUUCAGCAAGGCCACCUUCAGAAGGGCUCCGUUGUCCGCCUGAAUCAAUUCACCUGCACCACCAUCCAAGGCCGCAAGAUCAUCAUUAUAAUCUCAUUGAAUGUGCUAGUUGAUAAAUGUGAUAUCAUUGGACAGGCUGCCGGAUUUUCGAAUGCACUAUCCCAAUGGACAAUACUUAUAGAUCAAACAACCGAGCAAUUCGGUUCCUUGGGGCUAUAAUCUUUCUUGGUCGUCUUCUAUAAAAUUCAACAUGCUUCCAACAUGCAAUUUUUUUACAAAAAUGUGUGUUAUAUACAGUUAAAUCUCUACAAAUUAAUAGAGUUGGCAAAGAGAAAUUUUAUUAACACACAGCUAUCUUCUUAAUACACAUCCAUCAAUUUUUUUUUAUACAUUUUUCCUUCAUUAUGCCUCUUUUACCCUUUUCCUCUUUCUCUCUUUCCCCACCUGCAACUUUUCUUUCUUCUCCGGCCGCCUUUGCAUAUCAUGUUCUAUGUAAAUCUGGCAUAAAUGUAUAAUACAUCAAUCCAGUGGAAUGUAAAAUUAUAGACUUUGAAACA